UUGGGCGUCGAGGCGAAGUUAGGUUGACGAAUGGUAACCAACAAGAGGACUACGAGUUAAAAAUUGGAAUAUUUGAUCAUCUGACUGGCUUUAACGUUACGUGAACGGACUCGGAGUCCGUUAAGGGGAACCCACGGAUGAUAUUGUCGGUUCUGGAGGCCGCCGUGCGUUUGGAUGUGUUUCGGGAAGACCUCCGCUUCUCGCGCAUAGGUCGCGCGACAGAUUAGCUGCGGCGUGCUGAGAGACCGAGUUCAAGAAAUCACAAGUUGCACGCGCGAGAGGAGGAAGACCCUUCCGCGCGAUUUUACUGCUGCCCGCCCGACAAAUGUGGACGCUUGGCUCUCCUAUUAUGACGUAGUUGGCGGUUCGUGACACAUUGUUGACUCAAGUGUAGUUACAUCUGAUGAAAGAGGCCCUAAAGUACCUGGCUAAAUGAUUGUAAUUUCAUGUUAACGGAUGGCAACCACUGCGAUUUUGACAGAUUCGGAGAUUUCGAGAUAUUUGGCAUCGGCUUGUUUUUGUUCGUGAUUCUGUUUAAUUCACGAACACCGGGCUGUUGUGAAACUUGCAAUUCGCUUCUCCGCUUUUUAAUUUAUUUUGAAUAAUCAACAGUGAUCGAAAAUGGCUUUUGGUAGUGUUAUUUACUUGUCUUGAAUUCAAUCUUUCAUGCAGCCUUUCACGUUUGAUAGGAUGUGAAAAUGUCUGGCACAUCUUAAGCACCAAAGAUGAUGGACUUUAUAGUAACGUUAAAAUAUUUCGACUUCUAAUCCAGUGCUUCAUAUCAACAACAAAAACCUGGAGACCUGUUAACGUGAGACUGUUAUUUAUACAUAAUCGAUUUAACUUGCUUCUUAAAAAUCCAUUUCGAGGAUUUUUCUGUGAAUGUUUCAACUUCACAGACACUCAGAGCAUCUUCUGGAUUUACAAAAGUCUCAAUGUCGGUGGACGAAGCCUGUUUUAAAGGUUCAGCAUUUUUCACACAGGGGAAACGAUUAGAAACAAGCUGCACUUAAAGUGAGAGUGUUUAAAGAAAGAACCCCGGUUAAAAUGGCAAGUGAAUGCACCUACGAUUCUGAUGACACCUUUCGCACUACUAAACUCUCAGCGGACGAGCAGCGGGCACGCGCGGGAUUUGUGAACGGCGGCUGCGCGUCCGUUUCAGCUUCAGCCUUCUUCGAGGUCAUCGACGGCUCGCUUUUCCGCAAAAAGUUGGAGAAGGGUUUCAUCCAGUAUCGGGAGGUUCUGGCUGAAGACAAGCGACUUCAGUCUGUUGCCACCUUCCACGAGAAGAGACCCGGCAAGUUGCACCACACCCUCGAGGACACAUACAGGCUGGUGGCCGAGCACUACUGGUGGGAAGGAAUGUAUUUUCAGGUCAGAGACUAUGUCUUAGGCUGUGAGGAAUGCCAACUCAGUCAGUCUGAAAGAUCCAUGUGUUCAGAUGUAAGUCUUAUCUCCAGAAUGGUGGAAUCCCACAGUCAUCAAGUCUUAAGUAAACUCAAUAGCCAACGGGAAGCAGGACUCUUUUGUGAUAUUACACUGAAAACUGGUGGCGGCCAGUCUUUCGUUGCUCAUAAGGCAGUCCUUGCUGCAGUGAGUGAAUAUUUUCAGGAGUUAUUUACCGAAAUGGACACAGCCACUGAUCCCCAGUCACAUGUUGACCUCACAGGUUUCAGUGAACAGAGCUUGCUUGCUCUCUUAGAGUUCUGUUACACUUCCACCCUCAAUCUGAAUCUGGAUAUCUUGACAGAGGUUUGUACUAUGGCCCGCCAUCUACGCAUGUGGCCUGCUCUUGAGGUUUGCUCUGCUAUCAAAAGGGAGCGAGAAACUUGCCAGUUACAUCCCAUGCACAGUACUCCUGGAGAACCAAAUAAUUCAGUGGCUGGACCUAUUAGGAAAGACCACUCCUUAACUUCAGGGGGUAAAGUGGGACACAAGAGGAAGAGACCGAAUGAGGAAGGAGAAGGCUCAGGUUCUUCCUGUUGCAUCCAAGCACAGUACAGAGAGCACACUGUUGAUAGGCUCACAGAUGAGUCUGAAACAGAAACCUCAAACCCUCAGUUUCAGUGCCAACCACUGUCCAGUUUUCAGGUUGAGGAAAACGGCUUUCCCUGCAGUCCAAAUCGCAGAAUGAAACUUAUGGACUUCAAAUCUCCAUCCUGCAAGAAAAAAACAUCCACCCGCCCUACAUCAUCUGUCAUCUCAACAUCUCCUUGCACAUCAACUCGUUCUUCUUCUCCAUCACGUCGUCUGCUUCGUUCUUCACCUGGCGCUGCACUUGCUUUGCGCAGACUCCUGCCCAAAAUUGACCUCUCCACCAAAAGAAAGAAGAAGACCUCUUCUUACCGGGUAUAUAAGCCCCAGUAUGAAAUCUCAGUGACUCCGUCCAAGUCUCAGGCAAAAUCUUUCACUCGUGUUACCUCACUAAAUGUAAAGCAGGAGGAUGUAGAAGAGGAUGUAUGUAAACAAGUCCCUCAGGAUGAGGUGCACAGCCCACGUGCUCAGGAGAAAUACCGCCUUCUUAGCUUUCUUGGCUUGCGGAGAAAAUCUCUGGUCCCAGGUCCAGAGGAACUGUCUGGCUGGGGCCAAAAAAAACGACUGAGGAAGUUAAAAGUCAGUGACUAUUCUCUCACAGCUCGACGUAAACCUCGUGCACAAGAUGUCCCACUGAGUUUUGGGACGAGUUUAGGGGUUCUUGCUGCUGUUAAUCCUACUCUGUCUCUCUGUGACAUGAGCAGAAUGGACUUGCUGAACAGACCAGUGAAAGUAGAACUCCAAGAAUCUUGGAAUCAACAGAGGUCUAAAAGAAAAAGACCUGAUCCUGUUCAAACAAUUGCAAGAACUACACGUAGCAGGUCAUUGCUGCAGACAGACUCCAGUGCAAUCGAUCGUCCCAUCAGACGUCACCACAAAAAUCAAGACAAAGCACCUUCCUCACCUGCACGAAAAGGCAGAGGACCAGCGCACAAUCCCUCUUCCCCUUCAAAAAGCACUAUGCUUAGAAUAAAACGAGACUCUUCAGACAGUGCCAUCCUACAGCCUAUUCACCGUCGCAAUACUGUCUGCAGCUCACAGGGAACUCCAUCUAAAGGAGUAGGACGUAGGGGUCGCCCACCAGCAGAUCGCACUGUAAGGGUAGCCACAACAAUGUCGCGGCACAAACCUGGGCCUCCUCCAACAGGUAAACCUAAGAGUUCAAAACAAAUUGAAAGCAAAACAAAAUGCAGUCGUGCUUCAGGAAUGCCUCAAGGAAGACACAGCAGAACAGAAAGAGGAACACAGGUGAAGGAGAAUAGAAAAGUUAUGAAAUGUGGAACCAGAAAAAAGAGUCCAGAGGUUCAAUAUAAUGUUAUGAACUGGGAUGGUUCCAACCAUCAGCAUCUUCAUAGCCAUCCUCUUUACAAAACCAUAAAGGAAGAACCAGCUGACCCAUUGCCCCUAGCUCACCCAUUCCCAACCAAUGAUCCCUCAGAUUUGGGGAAGCGUCAGAGCAAACCACCCGUCAAACUGUUGGAUCAAGGCUUCCUCUUUGGCCUCUGUCGGCCACCAAGUGGCAUCAAACGAGAAGAGGAGAGUGUGGACAUCUACCUGACUCGGUCAGUGUCUCACGGAAGUAGUUCCAAUUGUGAUUUGUCACCUGGCAGGAAAGAUCGGGUGAGGGCCAGGUUAAUGCCAGAUCGGACGGGUCUAAAUGGGCCUCACUGGGCUGGACUUGGCAACAGACAAUCACCCUUUUCCCAAAGAAUUGGCAUUCGAGUGAAAACAGAGAAAAAUGAAACAAACACAUCACAUGUUAGCCGAAGUUCAAGACACCCCCAGGUCAGUAAGAGGAGUUGCAAAGUGACAAAAGAGCCUACAAAGACAAAGAAUGUAAAUAAGCUGCUUCCUCUGAGCAGUCGCCGUUCCGUCCUACUGGAAUCCAUCCGACGGGCACGUCUGAAACAGCAGAAGAGUCCUCAAGACAAGUCCUCCAAAGGACCACAUACUUGCCUGCAGUGUAGAGCCUCCUACAGGGAUUGUGAUGCCCUUAUAAUGCACCAGAUCAGGCAUAUUGAAGGCAAACACUGGCCCUGCCCGUUAUGCAGCAAGACGUUCUUCAGACAGAGAAAUGUGAGAAAUCACAUAAGGACACACAACACCAAGCUCUACAAAUGCCGCCAGUGCAUUGCUGCUCAGUGAGGCGAAAAGCUACAGGAUUAAAUGAAGAGGAACAAAGCUUUGUUCUUUAAAUAACGCUGUAAAUACCAAGGAUCUGUGAUGUAUGACAAUAAGGUUGAGUUUAUUGAUGUAAAUAAUUUGAUGAUGGUUUAAUGGUCUUUUUGCUCAAUAAUUGUUGUUGUUAUUUAAGUAACUAAACUGAAGUUGCUUCGGAAUUGAUACAGAUGUGUUGAAGCUGAACUUGAACCCAUGGUGUUUUUUUCUCAGGGGGCGAAGCCUGAUGGUCAAGGUGAUAUAUGUGUAUAAUGAGAAUUGUGUAGAAUGCUUUAAAUUUGUUAAUACUAAUGUAAUUAUACAGUUGUUAUUACUAUUGUUAUUAUUAUGAUUAUUUUUUAUAAAUGGCAUAAUCUUGAGUGCACUUAAUGUUAGCUUUGUUUUGAAACCUAAGAAAGAAGCGAUGGACUGGGAUGUACUUGAAUGAUUGUUGGAGUGGAGCCGAUGGACUGUCUGGCAAUGUUUUAGAGAAACCUAUUACAGAAAUUAGUCAGGAAUUUUUCAAUGAAGGUUGGGUAAAUGGGGUUCGAGUUGUUCUAGAAAUCUCAGAAUGGCGAGAUGCCAUUUUGUGAAAACAUUUGUUUGACUACAGCUUUUCAAAUCGAGAGUUACUGUGUCUUUCAAAACAAGGGAAUCCCAAAAUGUCUAAUGUGAUUUUUUGUUUCCCCCUUUCUCCUCCUCCUCCUUUGAUAAUUCCUUGUCUGACUUUUUAUGCAUAUCCUUCUUUAACACAAAAUGCAAUGGACUUAUAUGAAGUUUUAAAUGUUGAGGUGUUUUGUCUGAAAACACAAGUUUAAAAUGUAGAACGACCAAAUAGCCAUAUAAAUAAAUUUUGCAUUUUAAAAUUUA